AUGAAAUCUAUGAGUAAUACCGAAAUUCGUGUUAAUAUACUUGAUGGAAUUUUUAUUGGAACUUAUAAAGAAACUGGGAAUAUGGUUUCAUUCAUUGUACAUUAUAUUGCACAUAAUCCAGAUGUAAAAAAGAAAGUGCUAGAAGAAAUUGAUAGUAUAUUCCCAAGGUGA